UUGCAUUCAGACCAGGAUAAAGGAGAUGGAUCACUUAAGUACAUCCUUUCUGGAGAUGGAGCAGGAGACCUCUUCAUUAUCAAUGAAAACACUGGUGACAUCCAGGCCACAAAGAGACUAGAUAGGGAAGAAAAGCCUGUAUACAUACUCCGUGCCCAGGCUAUAAACAGAAGGACUGGAAGACCAGUGGAACCAGAAUCUGAGUUCAUCAUCAAGAUCCAUGAUAUCAAUGACAAUGAGCCAAUGUUUACAAAGGAUGUUUACAAUGCCAGCAUUCCUGAAAUGUCAGAUGUUGGUACCUUUGUUGUGCAAGUCACUGCAACUGAUGCCGAUGAUCCCACAUAUGGGAACAGUGCUAAAGUUGUCUACAGCAUUCUCCAGGGACAACCAUAUUUCUCUGUUGAAUCUGAGACAGGCAUUAUUAAAACUGCUUUGCUAAACAUGGACCGUGAAAACAGGGAGCAAUACCAAGUGGUCAUCCAGGCUAAGGACAUGGGAGGCCAGAUGGGUGGAUUAUCGGGAACCACCACCGUGAACAUCACGUUGACUGAUGUAAACGACAACCCGCCUCGCUUUCCCCAGAGCACAUACCAAUUCAGAGCUCCUGAGUCUACGCCUCCUGACUCACCAGUUGGCAGGAUAAAAGCUAAUGAUGCUGACGUGGAUGAAAAUGCAGAGAUUGAAUACAGCAUCACUGAGGGGGAUGGGUACGACAUGUUUGGAAUUACCACAGACAAGGACACACAGGAAGGAAUUAUAACUGUCAAAAAGGCAUUGGAUUUUGAAAAUAAAAACUUAUAUAUUCUGAAAGUAGAAGCUGCCAAUACUCACGUGGACCCUCGAUUCCUCUACCUGGGGCCAUUCAAGGACUCGGCUACAGUCAGAAUUCAGGUGGAGGACGUAGAUGAACCUCCCAUGUUCAGCAGACCAGCAUACAUAAUGGAAGUGAAAGAAGAUGUUCCAAUAAACAGUGUAAUAGGAACAGUAACUGCUCAGGAUCCAGAUGCUGCCAAGAACCCUGUCAAGUACUCUGUAGAUCGACACACUGAUAUGGACAGAGUAUUCAACAUCAAUUCAGGAAAUGGUUCGAUAUUUACUUCAAAACCCCUUGACCGGGAAAUACUGCUAUGGCACAACAUUACAGUAAUAGCAGCAGAGAUCAACAACCCAAAACAAAGCAGCCGUGUCCCAGUGUUCAUUAAGGUUUUGGACGUAAAUGACAAUGCUCCAGAGUUUGCCAUGUUCUACGAGACCUUCGUCUGUGAAAAUGCAAAGGCAGAACAGCUGAUACAAACAUUAAGUGCUGUUGAUAAAGAUGACUCGUACAAUGGACAUCAGUUUUCAUUCUCCUUAGCUCCUGAGGCAGCCAGCAGCUCAAAUUUUACACUACGGGACAACAGAGACAACACAGCAGGGAUUUUCACCCGAAAAAACAGAUAUAAUCGGCAUGAAAUGAGUACCUACUUCUUGCCAGUGGUAAUAUCAGACAAUGACUUCCCUAUUCAGAGCAGCACUGAAACGGUGACUAUUCGAGUAUGUGCUUGUGACCAUCGAGGAAAGAUGCUGUCCUGUAAUGCAGAAGCCUUGAUUCAUCCUACUGGUCUUAGCACUGGGGCUCUUAUUGCCAUUCUUCUCUGUAUCAUUAUAUUACUUG